CUCAGCCGUGCAGGCCGCUUCCGUUUCCGCCUCCCAUCAGUUGGCCCGCGCCGGUUGUGUUUGUUGCUGCUGUAGUCCUUCGAGGUGACUUAAUCUGGAGUUGCUAAAGUUUCCCAUCUUUGGCUUUGCCCUUGUUGAUGAGAAGUGACACAGGAUGCACAAAUGCACAAUGGAAGUGGGCAGAAUCUCCGUUUGUACCAUCGUGGUUGUGAGUGUGUUAAGGGAAGAGAGAGUAAAUCAGUAGAGGAUGGAAAAAAGCAAAAGCAGCGGACCGACCUCCUCUUCAGGACUAUUGGUGGAACGGAGUUUAGCCUUCUGGACUCUUUGCUCGAUCGUUGUGCCCGUACUGAUCACCUUGUGGUGCAGCUUUCGGCGGUCGCGGAGACAAGGCCUGGUGCAGGACAUCUUACGCAAAAGCAAGCAUGAUUGGCAGUACGUGGACCUUUUCAGCCAGCCCACCUACUGCUGCGUCUGCUCUCUGCACAUCCUGCAGGGAGCUUUCUGCAACUGCUGCGGUCUGUGUGUCGACGAAGGGUGCCUGAAGAAGGCUGACCGUCGUUUCUCCUGCAAGGAGAUCAUGAUGAGAGGGGAAGGUGGGGCCUGGAUGACCCACCAUUGGAUCCGAGGCAACGUCCCGCUGUGCAGCUACUGUGUUGUGUGCAAGCAGCAGUGUGGCAAUCAACCCAAGCUUUGUGAUUACAGGUGCGUUUGGUGCCAGCACACCGUUCAUGAUGAAUGUAUGCAGAAUUCCCUGAAGAAUGAGACCUGUGACCUGGGAGAAUUUCGCAACUUAAUUAUCCCGCCAUACUACUUGUUCAGUGUCAGUCAGAUGCGGAAAGACAAAAAAAUGGACUACGGCAAGUUAGCUUCCUCCUACAGAAAACACUGGACUCCGUUAAUAAUCCUGGCUAAUACACGAAGUGGGAACAACAUGGGUGAAACAUUGCUGGGACAAUUUAAGACCUUGCUAAACCCAGUCCAGAUUUUUGACCUGACCAAGACGACCCCUGCAAAGGCUCUUCAGCUUUGCUCUUGGCUGCCUUUCAAUUCUGCUCGAGUCCUUGUCUGCGGUGGAGACGGCACUGUGGGCUGGGUCUUGGACGCAAUCGACGACAUGAAGAUCAAGGGGCAAGAGCGGUAUGUCCCCCAGGUUGCCAUCUUGCCCCUGGGAACGGGCAAUGACCUAUCCAAUACCCUGGGCUGGGGCGCUGGCUAUGCGGGAGAGGUCCCCGUGGAGCACAUUCUGCGCAACGUCAUGGAGGCCGAUGGAAGCAAGCUGGACCGGUGGAAGGUCCAGGUGACAAAUAAAGGAUACUACAAUUUAAGAAAACCAAAGGUCUUCACAAUGAACAACUAUUUUUCUAUCGGGCCGGAUGCUCUCAUGGCCCUCAAUUUUCACGCACAUCGUGAGAAAUCUCCCUCUCUGUUUUCCAGUAGGAUUAUUAAUAAGGCAGUUUAUUUUUUCUACGGAACCAAAGAUUGUUUAGUGCAGGAAUGUAAGGAUUUGAACAAAAAGGUUGAGCUAGAGUUGGAUGGAGAGAGAAUCGAUCUGCCUAAUUUGGAAGGGAUCAUUGUGCUGAAUAUUGGCUAUUGGGGCGGUGGCUGUAGACUCUGGGAAGGAAUGGGAGACGAGCCAUAUCCUCUUGCAAGGCACGACGAUGGCUUGUUGGAAGUUGUUGGCGUCAACGGCUCUUUUCACUGUGCUCAGAUUCAAGUGAAGUUAGCCAAUCCUGUCCGGCUUGGUCAGGCCCAUACAGUGAGGUUGAUCCUGAAGAAUUCGAAGAUGCCGAUGCAGGUGGACGGAGAACCUUGGGCACAAGGGCCGUGCACUGUCACCAUAACUCACAAGACCCACGCACUGAUGCUGUCUCACUCAGGGGAACAGACGGAUGACGACGUGUCCAGCGUAUCUGAACAGGAACUGGCCAAGGAUCAGACGGAUGAAGACAUUUAGGCCCGGGCCAGGUUUUGACACAACCGCUAGCAAAUUCGGCUUGGCUCUUGCCGAAAAGCUUUAGUGCUAACUCUUUCCGUCUCACAUGAGCCUUUUAAUGCCGUACCAUCGCUACGUUUAUAAAUAGCCUAGGAGUGACAAAAGCCAUGCUUCCAGCAAUUAAAACCAGCCUGUUCUGGGCUUCAAUUAAGCCUGCUGUAGGCUUAGAUUCAGCAAGCACUUUUGCUUUGGUGUAUAAUAUUAAGUGUGGAGGGGGAGGAAGCAAUCCCUUCGUAGUAACUUAUAUCCGGCGCUCUGCGGGUUAAAUGCCUCGUCAGGCGUUCAGAGCUUCUGGCACUUAGUUCUGGGUGAGCUGCCAUUAUUUUUUUGCAAUUGCCUCAAUUGAAUUUUGAGGAACAUGUUACAAUAUCAUGCUAUCAUUAGCGGGCCACGUGUUCCUGGGGCGGACAUGACUCUGCAUGAUCUCCGAACGUGAAUAGGAGAUUGGAAACACCUCCCAGUACUCUUUUCUUAUCUUCAUCCCCUUUUUGAUGGUCAGAGCAUUAUGUUUACACUGGUACUAACAUGGUUAACUCUGAAUAUCAAAGACGGGGUGGGGGUCGUAUGCCAUCUGUAGUAGAGUCUCCAGUUGUCCGUCAAGUGUUACUAAAUCUUAGUCAACUAAAAACAAUGGCAUAUCACAGCGGUUUUAUACAUUGACCUCCUAAUCGCGGACACAGGAAAGUCUAGAUCCAUAAGGUGGAUUUCUCACAAGUCAAGAUCUACUCAUUGGCAUUACUGUACUCACAGCAGGUGGGGGUGUUGAUCUUGCCUCCUGAUUGGCUGAUGAGAAGUUAAGAAUAAUAAGCUUGGGGAGUUUGAUUGUGGUCAGCUGUUACAACUGUGGGAGUCCAUAGUUGUGGAUGUUGCAAGCAGAUCUACCGGAGGUAGCAUGCGCACAGUAUGUUGAUUACUUCCGUAGCGAUUGCUGUAUUGUUUCUUGAAAAUGCCUGCUGACAACAGACCUGGCAGUUGGGAAUGUAUAUCUCGAGGAACUGAACAAUUUGUCUGGCACUGAUUUUGUCCAGAUAUCUUGAUAGAAGAUCUCCAAUCAGCAAAUGGCAGCAUGUUAUCAGAGAUCUAUAUGAAUUAGAAUGGUAAAGGAAGGAGCUGUGUGCACAAAUCCUUACCGAAAUGAGCAGGGGUCAGGCAAGGAUCGCGUUCCUGUCUUGUUUCCUGUGGGGCUUGCGUAGGGGAGCAUUCCUCCCACAAUAAAGCCUUAGUCUUAACA